GCUAGCAGAAUUUCUCAUAGAAAGAGGCCUUUGCUUUCUGUUGGCAUGUACUGUCCAUGUUUGCCCUCCUUGCGAUAGUUUUCCAUGGUGCCGCGGCAAAUUCGACGAGUGGCGGCGUACGGCAUAUUAGCAAAUUAGUCGGUUCCGGACCGACAUUUCCAAUCACUUUUUCCCUGUCUACCAAGUUCAGCGACAGUGGCGUCCUUUCAGAACAUCUUGCAGUGCAAUGUCUCGACCAGAGGCCGCGACACUUUCUACAGAGCUCGCAGUUAUCACUGCGCAGCUGGAGCUACUUCGUACCCAAGAAACUGAGCUCCAGCAACAUAUCGAUGGACUCCAGGCAUAUAAAGAAACCAUUUCAGCUCGACGGCGCGCCCUCGAGGUCAAGGAGUUCGAGUUGGAGGCGUCACGACACCCAGUGAACUGGUUACCGGUAGAAUUGCUCGUCGACGUAUUUCUCUUCUUCGUCGAAGACGACAAUAGCGCCUUUAUCCUCACUCAUGUCUGCCAGAAGUGGCGUGAAGUCGCGCUAACGACGCCACGCCUCUGGACAUGUAUAUCGACGCGCAGUACCCGGUGGAACAGCAACCUCGUCGCGUUGGCGCUAGAAAGGUCGUGCAACUGCUUGCUAGAUGUUGCCCUAGAUGAUCACAUUACGGAUCCCUCAGCCAUUCAUCUUCAUUUGGAAACCUGCGAUGACCACCACAAACGUAUUCGUAGUUGUACGAUGCACGCUCCGGAAUUUCUCUCCGUGCAGAGAUUAGCAACGAUAAUAAAUCAGCUCCCUUGUGUCAAUCUUCGGUCUUUGUCGCUCAGCGUCAUGACCAAGAACCCGAUACCCUUGGGAGCAAUUUCCAGGCCGUCUUCAGAUACGAACUCCUCCAUCCCACUUGCGCACCUGAACCUGACUAAGGUGCCUCUCACUUACCUCUCCCAGCACCUCUUAACAAACGUUGUGACUUUAACAAUGUCUUAUCCUCUGACGGCCCGCCUAAUGCUGACAGAUCUUACAAGUUUUCUGUCGUCCCUGCCUGGAUUAGAGGAGCUCGUUCUUCUGAAUACUGUUUUCGUGCCACCCCCAUCGGUUGUCCAGGUGAUCAAGCUACCUUCCCUCCGAUGCAUCGAAUGGAGCUACCCACGCGAAGCCCUCAUUUUACAACUUUUUAGCGCACUAGAAGUGCCCGCCCUCCAACGCCUCGACCUUUGGAUAGAUAGCCCCAAUCCUAGAUAUCACACUUCCCAACCAACCACCAGUGUCUGCAUCCUUCCUUCCCUCGAGGAGCUCCUCGUCCAAUGCACAGACGAGGAUGCCAUGGGAUCUGUCCUUCGCAAAUUCGCCUUUCCCGUGCUACGCAAGCUUGAACUGACCAAUGCCGACGAGCGCCUCAGACUCGAAGAAAUCCGGUCAGAUUCACUCCCUCUCCUCCCCCGAAUGGAAUCCCUCUUCCGUGACCCGCGGCAGCCGCAGCUCACUCAUCUGACGUUGUCGCAUUACAUGCUUACGCCAAAUGCCGAGGCAAUGCUCGGGUACGUGCCCGCUCUGGUGUCGCUCUCCCUCGACGCCUGUACGGGCAUCAAAGGUGUAUUGGAGAGCUUGAUGCGGGAAGCCGUUGGGACCGAAGGAGUGAAGUACUGUUCCAAGCUGGAAAGGCUGUCAUUUUGGUCCUGUCGGGAUUUAGAGAAGGGAUUGUUGGAAAGAUUGGUGAGGGCGAGGAAUCAUGCAAGACGUGGUGCCUGGGGAGGAGAGCGAAAAAUACGACCUUUGCCUGAAGAGAGGAGAAUACGACCUCUGCCUUCCAAACGGAUCGGUGGUGUAGCGCACGUGAAGCCAGUGCCAAUCACAUAUCUGAGAGUCGAGGAUUGUCCAAAUGUGACGGCAGAAGAAAUGAAUGCCCUGUCCAGAGAACUGGGUGUCGUUGAUGUUGCUUUUAAAUAACUAUUUUCUGC